AAUAUAUAUAUAUAAGUAGUAAAAGAAAAUUGUAACUAUACCCCGCCCUUGUUCUUCUGCUUCUUCCUGGCUAGCGCCUCUCUCUAACCUCUCUCUCUCUCUCAAACUCGCCAGUCCUAUCGAUUCUCCAGGUUUGGUGGGUACAAAUCCAAAAGCCGAGCGAGAUGCCGGUCUCUCUUAAGCAGAAUAUGAAUGUUGAGAUCCGUGAGAUGAUCAGUAGGGAUCCAUGGUCAUUGAAACAACCAAUACACGUUUUGGGAAUCAUCUUUGCUCUCGUGGCUUUCAUCUGUGUUCUCGAGUUUCUCGUCAUUCCAUCCCAAGGUCACCUGUCUACUAACCUGAGAUUCUUAGUUUCUGGAGCCUGUCUACUCACCUGGGCUUCUACACUCAGCAGAUCAUUUGCAUUCUACUGCAUAUGUUCCCAUUUAUAUGGUCUGUUCGUGGCUAGCUUUCUUCUUUUCUAUCAGGUAGUGAAGCGACUACCAAAGAAAUUGAGCUCUUCUGCAGUGUUCAUGUACACAACUCUGAUUGGUCUUACUGUUGUCAGUCUUCCCUACAUACCCGGUUGGUUUGAAGUUAUUCGAGAAACAUAUGCACUUACACGCAAAUUUAGGAAUGUUGGCGAGCUGGCUAUAGUGAUUAAUACACGAUUAUUUGAAACACAAUUUGGAUUGAUUGCUAUCAAUUCAGAGCUCCUCUUGGCGUACGAUGGGUCCAUUGACAUAGGCAUAUCUCGUGUCAUGUCUUGGUUCAUUCGAAUUUGGGCUACGGUUUUGAUUCUUCAGAGCUCAGAAGAUACUCGCCUUGCUGCAGGAGCGUCGGUAUGUGUACUUGUUGUCUCGCCUUUACUGAGGAUGAUCACCAGAUUAAUUAUCCCAGAUCGUGGGAUUCUGAUGGCCAAACUACUAAUCAUGAGGGAUGCAAUUAGAGAUGUUGUAGGACCAUUUGUCUGGAGUUUAAUCAUUUUACAGAUUUACUCUCAUAGAUUAAAGGAGGAAUUUGUAAGAAGCUAUGGAAAAUCGGUACGAAAGAAGAUGAAGAGGAGACUAGAAACAUCUGUUACUGUUGGUGAAAGUCAUACCCUUGUCUCGCAUUUUCCUGCUCCCCCUAGGAUCAAAUUCUCCAGUGGCAAGGGGCCAGGACCUGAUGCACGUGUAGUCUACAUAGCUGGUGCGUUUGAUCUUUUCCAUGCUGGCCAUGUUGGGAUUCUCAGGCGUGCUAGAGAGCUUGGCGACUUUCUUCUUGUUGGAAUACAUAAUGACCAGACCGUGAGUGCUAAAAGAGGAGGGCACCCCCCCAAUCAUGAGUAUGCAGGAAAGGAGCUUAAGUGUUGGGGCAUGCCGCUAUGUAGAUGAGGUGAUAUUUGGUGCUCCAUGGGAAGUGUCAAAAAAUACGAUCAUGUUCUUUGGCAUAUCAUUGGUGGUUCAUGGGACAGUAGCCGAGAGCGACAAUUUUCAAAGGAAGGAAGAGAAUCCGUAUGCAGUACCAAUUAGCAUGGGCAUAUUCCAAAUCCUAGAAAGCGCUCUUAAUAUCACAACUUCCACCAUAAUGGGGAGGAUUGUAGCGAACCAUGAAGCUUAUCAGAAACGUAAUUUGAAAAAGGAAGCUAGUGAUGACAAGCAGAUGGAAAAGGAAGCUAGUGAUGAGAAGCAUAAGGGGACUGAUAAGAAUCAAAACACGGAGCGUACCGCAUCCUAUCUCAAGAACUCUAGCGUUGGGUUUUAACCGUGAUGCUUCAGCUAAGAACUCGAACACGUCGCGCCCACCAGCCCAAGGCUCACCGUAGUUGCUGUGAUGCUCCUCACUUGUGGAGGUUGCUAGGCAGUUGAAUCUGAGGAUUGCGAAGAAGAAGGAGAGAGCGGUGAAGCUGGAAGGAUCGCAGGGAGUGGCGAACAUCGUUGUGAAGAUUCGCAGAUUAAUGGAUGAGGGGCUGUUCGUUUCACCAUUUGUCAUCUUCAUCCAAAUGAUUCAUUUGUAUGAUCUAUUGAAAUGAUCCAUUCAGAUUUUUUGUGAUUGUUUGUUUGUCCAUCCACAUAGUUCAUCUAGAUGAAUCAUCUAAAUAAAUUUUAUGUUUGUUUCUUUA